CAUUUUCCGCGUUUAGAGCAAGCAACAACUGCACGCCUUUAGGCUGUAGGCUACCACUUGUCGGACUUUCCUUCCCGGGGCUGUUAUUAACAUUCUAUGACACAGCUUGCUUUCCCCCUGUCGUUUCAGAGAGUUCAAGAACAUCAGUUGAAAAUCCAAAACAAGAGGACGCGGACACUGUAACUGCCAAUUGUUAAUUGUGUCAUCCACUGGUUAUUCUACCGCAGUCUUCAGGAGAGCAGUCCCGGGGAGCUUUAUUUGUCAGCGUGCACUUACAUUUCCCUGAAUAUUUCCGCCCAGCCAACCUGUCAAAUAAAGCUGACAUUAAAACAGAGAGGACUCGCUAUUGCGCUCACAACCUCGGAGCUUAAUCGCGGAUAGCACUGAACGGUGUUGGAUGUCUUUCGCAUGACAGGACCUCGCUAAUAUCACAACACCUUGCUCCAGGAUUUGCACUUCGCUGCGCUGUCCUUUCUUACUAAGAAUGGGGAUCACCGUGCUUUUUGUCCUGUGCGUUCUCUCCAUGCCGGCUUUCGGCGCCGGUAACGCGGUCGCUAAACCCAGGAGUUGUACGGAUGUCAAGCAGUUUUACACCGGCAAGGGUUUCAGUCCAAGCGGACUACCACAGAGCGAAAUCUCUGGUGAGCACUUGCGCGUGUGUCCUCAGGGCUACACCUGCUGCACCAGUGAGAUGGAGGAGAAGCUGACCAACCUGAGUCGCGUCGACUUCGAGCGUCUGGUCAAGGAGGAGGGCCGCUCCCUCCAGAUCACCCUCAACACCCAGUACAAGAGCUUCGACAGCUAUGUGCUGGAGCUGAUCAACCACUCCGAGGCCUCGCUGCCACAGGUGCUGGGCGCGCAGUUCGAGCCCAACCAAGGCGUGCUGCAGGACCUCUUUGCGGACCUGCGGCGCUACUACCGCGGAUCCAACAUCAACCUGGAGGAGUCGCUCAACGAGUUCUGGCUGCGCCUGCUCGAGCGGCUGUUCAAGGCGGCCAACCCGGAGUUCCGCCUCUCCGACGACUACCUAGAGUGCGUCACCAAGCAGUCGGAGACGCUGCAGCCGUUUGGCGAGACGCCACGCGACUCGCAGCAGAAGGUGACGCGUGCCUUCGUGGCCAUGCGCACCUUCAUCCAGGGACUCGUCACCGGCGGCGAGGUGACACGCAGGGUCUCCCAGGUGCCUCUGAGCCAGGAGUGUGAGCGGGCCCUGAUGAAGCUGAGCUACUGCCCCCAGUGCCAGGGCAUGAGCUCUGCCAAGCCGUGCCGCGUCUACUGCCACAACGUGCUCAAGGGCUGCCUGGCCAACCAGGCCGACCUCAACACCGAGUGGAGGAACCUGGCAGAUGCCAUGCUGAAGAUCGCUGAGCGCAUCAAGUCUGCCGCCAUGGACCGGGUGAUCCAGUCGGUGCCCAUCUACAUCUCAGAGGGAAUCACCUACCUGCAGGAGAACCAGCCAGCCUUCCGCACCAAGGUGAUUCAGGCCUGCGGUCCCCCCACUGAGAAUGGAGAUGCCAGUGCCAUCCCAGACGAGAGGCCCCUGCCCGCAGUGGAGAAGCCCAGCACCACCGCAUCCCCCAAGAGCGAGAAACUGGUGAAUGACGUGUCGGACAAAGUGCGGUCCAUAAUGGAUCACUGGGUGAUCCUGCCCAGCAGGCUAUGUGCUGACAGGGUGGCGUCCGGGACAUCUGCUGAGGACAGCUGCUGGAACGGCCAGACCAAGGGCAGGUACCUCCCGGAGAUGAUGGGCGACGGCCUGGCCAGCCAGAUCAACAACCCUGAGGUGGAGAUUGACAUCACCAAGCCGGACAUGAACAUCCGUCAGCAGAUCAUGCAGCUGAAGAUCAUGACAAACCGUCUGAAGAACGCACUCAAUGGCAACGACGUGGACUUCCAAGACACCAGUGAUGAUGUGAGUGGUUCCGGCAGUGGGGGGUGCAGUGAUGACCUAUGUGGGCCUACCAUUGUGCGGGAGACAGUGCCAAAGACAGACCUGGCGAAAACGCAGGGCCCGCACGAGGGGCGGGUCAGGACGACAGGAGCAGCCAACCAGAGCCUCCCCAGCAUUGCCCUCUGCCUGCUCUCAUUGGUCACACUGCUGCUGCUUAGGCGAUAAUUGGCAUCCAUCUCCACCAAUGGGGGGACUAAGUUUGGGGGAAAGGGAAGAUAUGAAUGAGGGGGAAGGGAGGAAAAAGGGUUUGGGUUAGGUACUUUGCCAAAAAUGAUUCAAAUCUAAACAAGAAAGGUAACAAUUGACUUCCUUUUUGUCCCUUGGAAAGAACAAAAAGGAAUAUCAUUAGGAUUUCUGUUUUUGUUCUUUUUUCUGUUUUUUCCCUUAAUAUGUCAUGACUAGAGCUGGUCUUUUCGGUGGUCUAUUUUUGUUUGUGGUUUUUUGGUUCUUCGAAUCACAAUCUGUAUCUACGAAAUGGUAAAAUGGAAACCCCUAGAAAUAGAUCUAUAUAUCCGAUCCGACUAACCACAACAUGGGAGAGCUUCUUUUUGAGUGCUGAGUCAAAUUUUCACCUUUUUUGUCAAUGCAUCUUUGUUUGGCUCCUCAAGAAAACAGGCUUUAAAAUCAUUUAUUUAUUAGAGUUCAUAAAAGGGAGCACACCAUAGCAGAGUUCCUCAUCCAAAGUUUUUUUUGUUAAAUUUAAUUUCAGUUUUCAUUCGCAGAAGUCAUUUUGGUAGCUUCACCCAACUGAGGCCUGAUUUGUGGGGAGCUGAUAUUGAACACAGCCCUUUAAAUGCUCACUCUAUAUCUCACCUCUUGAGGAUGCUCAAACAGGCCAUUAUAAUUUGACCCAGCAGUCUUGCCAGGCCACACAAAGUGGACUAGUGAGGACUAUAAUCACCACCGCCUCCCCACCAACAUCUUUCACUUCACUAUAAGGGGGCAGGCAGCAAGAGCAUUAUGGGUGUUUUUCCCCAGAUAAAGAUGCUGACACAUACAUACUGCACACGCAUGCACGCACGCACACACGCAGGCACACGCACACACACACACACACACACGCACACGCACACACACGCACACACACACACACACACACACACACACACACACACACACACACACACACACACACACACACGCACACACACACACACACACACAAACACACAGUAUAGACACACUCGUUUGGAGAAUUGUUGAGAUCUCUGAAUAGUUCAGUUAGUGGGAGUUUUUCUGCAUUGGAAAAACUGAGCUUAGUCCUCUGUGCUCUGCAGAUAGAGGUACAGGUGUGGAUGGCCUGGCUUUCAUUAGCAAGGCACAUUUGCCCUUAUGGCUUCAAGGCAAGGCAAGGCAAGGCAAGCCUUCAAGAGAUGAAUACAUGUGUGUGGUGUGUGUAUGUGUGUGUAUGUGUGCGUGUGUGUGUAUGCGCGUGUGUGUGUGCUCGUGCAUGCAUGUGUGCGAGUGCAUGUGCCUGUGUGUUGUGUGUGUGUGUUUGUCUUAUCCCGAAGCUCUUGGUUUGCACAGCUGAGACAGCUGGGGAUCUGAAUAGGGGAGUCUACGUAAAGAGCGCUGCAGGUACUUUUAAGGCCCAUUAACAGACCAUCAGAACCACAGAACAGAAACACUGUCCCAGCUCAGUAGAAACCCCCCCCACCCCACCCAACCCAACCCCAUCCCACCCACACGACCCCCCAAUCCCCCUCCAGGCGGAGUCGAGAGAACGCACUGCACUGUAUAACCACUUCUUACAAACAAACAACAAAAAAUGUGUAAAUGCUUCUGAUUUGAUGCUUUUUGAAAUAGUUUAAAUUAGGGAUUAUACUUAUGUGAUGACAAAUGAAAUCUCUGUAUUUUCUUUUUUUUCAUGCUUUCUCUCUCUCUAUCACUCUUUCUCUUUCUCUCUAGAUCUUUUACUUUCGUUUUGCUAUCCAUUCUUUGUAACAUUCUCCUGUGUUUGAUGCCAACAUGCGAGCGUGUUCUUCCCAGUCAUUUGCUGGCACACACGCAAUGCUUUUAAACCUGUACUGCAAUGUUGUGAGAAUGUUUUUUUUGUUUGAUUUGAUUUGUUUUGUUUUGUUGAUUUGUUUUCUUUUUCUUUUAUUUGUACAAGUUUGCUGAAGAAGGUCCGUCAGUGGAACUGAUUGAACUCCGAGUGGUAAAGGGAUAUGUGUGUGUUUUGAGCCCCUCAUGGGCACUAAGGCUUUGUGAGAUGUGUCCCUUUCUGAUGGGGAUGAGAGCAUAGAGAAGAGUAUGUUUGUGUGUGAGUGUAUGUAUGUGUGUGGACAACGUGUCUCUUUGUAUAUGUGUAUCUGUGUCUGUGUAUCUGCGCGUCGGUGUCCUCACGUACGUAUAUGUGCGCAGCAGUGCGCAUCUGCUAUACGCGUGUGGAGGGAAUGCCUUUGGAAACGACUUCGCUCGGUCUCCAGUCACUCUUAGACCUCAGUGUCAAGACUGGCGGAAAGUAAACGUUAAGCGAAACUGGAGAAGGUCUAGCUUAGAGACGAGGGGGGCACCGAGGCAAGACUGCGGCAGCAUUGCAGUCAGUCAUACGUCAGACUAGCUAGCGAGGCCCGUUCUGUGGGCCUCCGUCAGCAGGUGUGUGUGUGUGUGUGUGUGUGUGUGUGUGUGUGUGUGUGUGUGUGUGUGUGUGUGUGUGUGUGUGUGUGUGUGUGUGUGUGUGUGUGUGUGUGUGUGUGUGUGUGUGUGUGUGUGUGUGUAUGUGUUUGUGUGUGUAUGAAAGAGAACGAGAGAUGCCCAUAUCUGUGGGCUCUGCCACCACAUGGGUGGUUUUAAUGUGGCAUAGCACAGCUGCCAAGCCCAGGGGUUCAAAGAUAGCCGCCCGCCUGACGCCAUCCGUCUUUGGCACUGUGGUGACGAGAUUUUGCCCCCCUCAGGUCGGCGCGCGUUUGUGCGCGUCUUCAAAAGAGGAAACGUUAACUCUUGUAACCUGUGCUGGGGGUCCCUGGUUUGAGCUGACUGUGUCAGCUUCUUGCAGUAUUUCCCCAUAGUGACAUUCCAAGGCAAAUUAUGUAUGGGAAAACAAAAAACAAGGAAAAAAAUCUAAAAAUACAUAAAUUAACAUAGAAACAAAAAAAGACAAAUAAGAUGUAACUUGUUACGUUUCGCACCAAUGGCUGUCCCUCUCUUUGUCUGUCAUGUCUCACUGCCAUUGGCUGACAAUUUGCACAACUUCUAUCCUUUCUCACCCUGCCCCUCCCCAAACCAAGCCAAACCAAACCAAUGUCUAUCUUUUCCCCCCCCCCCCCCCCAAACUAACCUCUGUCCUAUCUAACCUUCACAAACCAACCUCUCCUAUCUACCCCCUCCUCAUCCCAAACUAAUUCCUGUACUAUACCCCACCGCGUAAAAAACACCUUUUUAUCCUCUCUCACCCUCCCCAAACCAAACCAAACUGGUGCCCAUCCCCAUCCCCAUCCCCAUUCCCAUCCCCCCGCCCCUCUGCUCCCAAAGUUCAUUUCAAUUGCUGCACUUUUUAUGGCGCAUGUGGCCUUCCCAUCCGCGGGCUGGCGUCGGCUGCAUAACAACAUCACAGGAUUGGGGAUCAAUACUUGAGAAACACCCCGCAGAAAGAUCCAUCGAUCGGGACUCCGGUUUAUGUAUGCGGACAGGGGGUGGAUGCAGACUGGUGUUGGACGGGCUCCAUCCCAUGAGCAGUUCAAAAACAAAGAGGGAAAAAAAUAGAUAGAGAGAAAGAGCAGUCGGAAAAACCAGGGGCCCGGCAUGGCCUAGCCUCCCCCCGUCCCCCACCUCUGUCUAACGUUGAAUGUGGCUGGCAUUGAUGAAAAUGUGCCGAAUUUUUUGAGAAAACCAUUCUGAUAUAUAUAUUUUUUCUUUGUCUUCUAUUUUGUUGUUUUGAUGAGGAAAAAGAAACAAUAAACGAAACAAUAGAGAGUUUGUUUUUAUGGCCACAACAGAGCAAGGAAAUGAGGUUGGAAAAAAAUGAAAAAUUAUGUGUCAAAUUGCUGUUGUGUGUCCCUGAUGAUACCUUGUGUCAAUUAUAUACAUCAUUAAGAUUUUCAAGA